AUGGAUAUUCAAAAGGUUUUAGCCAACGAGUUGAAAGACACAAACGUUCAUUACUAUUUCUGCAAACCAGUUCCAUUCAUGCGAGCAGUCGCAAAGCAACUCACUGAAAAUGGUGUAGCAGUCUCAAAAAUCCAUUAUGAAGUAUUUGGUCCACACCGCGUAAUUUAA